AUGGAAAAUAACAAUGGCAAUAGUGUUAUAAAUAAAAGCAAUGAUAAAAAUAGUAACAACCCAAACUAUAUGUUACUAGACAGGAUAUUCAGAUUACAAAAACAUAAUUUAUCAAUACUAUUAUCAAAUAAUAAUAAUAAUAACAAUAAUAAUAAUAACAAUAAUAGUAAUAUUACCAUUCAAAGUGCCACAAACUAUUUAAAUGAACUGUUAAAUUGCCUCAAUGAAUUGUUAACCAAAUUUCAAUCAAAAACUUUCCAAUCACCACCACAACCUAUAAAUACAUCAUCAACACAAACCAAUUAUAAUAAUCAAAAUAAUCCUAAUCCUAAUCCUAAUCCUAGUCCUAAUCCUAAUUCGAAUAAUAAUAAUAAUAAUAAUACACAUAUUACAAUUAUAUUAUCAACAGAAAUAAUAAUUAAAAUUUUAGUUAAAUUUUGUUCAGUUUUGCCAAUGGAUAUAAAUUAUCAUAAGAUAUCGGUAUAUGGAUCACCAAUUAAUUUAUCACUAAUUCAAUUACCUUUAAAAUUAGCACAAUUAAUUGUAUUGAUUUCUAGAUACCAAAAUUCAAUAACAUUCAAUGAUCAUCCAAAUGAAUUGGAACAAUUAGUAAAUUAUUUUUUAUAUAUAAUUAAACCUGAAAAACAGAUUGCAUCAUCUCCAUCCACACCUUCUACACCAUCAUCAUCAUCUAGAUCACAACAGCAGCAGCAACAACAACAACAACAAUCAUCAUCGUCAUCGUUAUCAUCAUCAUCAUCAUUUCAUAAUGUAAAUACAAAUUUAAGAAUAGAAUCAUUGAAAGCAUUAUCAUCAUUACUUCAUAAUAAUGGACCAAAUAUAACGAGUAAAUUACAACAACCAUUAAUUGAAUGUUUAAUAGAAUUAUCGAAUUAUUCAGAUCAAUCAAUUGAUCAAGAGACUAAAAGAAUUGCAAUAGUUUCAUUAGGUAAUCUUUGUAUGCAAUGUGGUACCAAACUAUCAAAAUACUAUAUUCAAAUCUAUGAUAGAUUAUCUUUAAAUUUAGAAAGAGUAACAUCUCAUAUAAAUUCUGAUAAAUAUUUAAUUAAAUUUACAUCUAGUAUAUUAAGAUCAAUGCAAUUAUUGAUAACACAAGCUAAAGGUAUUUUAGAUCAAAAAUCAAAAUCAUUAUAUAAUAUUUUAAAGACAUUAAUGUUUUAUGGUGUAAAUAUUUCAUCAUCGAUGUCAUCAGUCUUAACAUAUCAAUAUCAAUUUGAAUAUUCAUCAAGAAAGAAGAAACAAUUACAACAACAAUUAGCAAAUAAUAAUGUAUUAAAUAGUAAUAGUAAUAGUAGUAGUGGUGGUGCAAGUAGUAGUAGUGGUGGUAGUAAUAAUACGUCGCCCGCAAUUGUAACCUCUGCUUCUAUUCAUAAUAGUAAUGGUAAUAGUAAUGAAAAUGAGAUUGAAAAGUCAACAGGUAUAACUAGCUCAGAUUCAGAUAUUGACGAAAGAUAUAAUUUAUCAAAAUUAAGAUUCUUAACGAUAACACUUUUAAAUACAAUGGCAAAACAUUCACCAAAGGUAUUCUUUGGAUAUUGGACAUUAUUUUUACCAAGUACUCCUUUCCCUUUAACUCCAACCGUUUUCACUUCAAUGACAAAUGAUCCAGAUAUUAAAAUUAAAAUUGUUGCUGCAAAUUUCCUACAAACAAUUAUUGAUGGUUCAAAAGAUUAUUUAGUUGCCAUAAAUACAAGUAAUCAUCAUAAUCAUCAUCAUAGUCACAGUAAAUCAAUAACAACAGCAUCACCAAUCAUGAGUAGAUUAAAUUUAAAUGACAAUAAUAAUAAUAAUAUUAAUAAUUUAAAUUCAAAUUCAUUUACAACAUUUUCACAAAAUUUAACAUCAAUUUUAAAAGAGAUACAUAAUGGAUUAAUUAUGAUACUAGUACAAGAUCCAAAUUAUAUAUUACCAGCAUUUCAUCAACAAAUAUUAAGAUGUGUUUCAACGUUAAUUAUAAAUUGUCCAUAUGAAAAAUUGAAUAUGCCAUCAUUACUCACUAGUUUAUUAUCAGCUAUAUCACCAUACAUUCAAAAUAGAGACCAUUCAAUUCAAUUGACUUCUUUAAUUUGUAUAAAACAAUUAUUUGAUAUAACUCCAUUAUCUCCAAAAGAAUUAACACCAGUUUUAAAUAAUAAUAAUUUUAUAAAAAUAAUUUUAAAUUUUUUAAAUAAUAAUAAUAAUAAUAAUAAUAAUAAUAAUAAUAAUAAUAAUAAUAAUAAUAAUAAUAAUAAUAAUAAUAAUAAUAAUAAUAACAAUAAUAUUCUAUCAAAUACUUUAACUUCUUCACUAAUUAAUGAACCAAAUCAACAACAUCAACAUCAACAACAUCAACAACAAAAUCAACAACAUCACCAUCAACAUCAACAACAAUCAUUACACUUUAAUCAAAUUGAAUAUGUUAAAAUUGAAUGUUUACAGAUUAUAGGUGCAUUAACAAAACAUAAUUUUACUAUACUCUUAGAAUAUAUAGAUCUAGUUUAUAAUAUAUUAAUAUCAAUAUUAAAAAAAGAAAUAUCAAUUCAUAAUAGUAGUGGUAUUGUAAAUAGUCAACAACAACAACAACAACAACAACAACAACAACAACAACAACAACAACAACAACAACAACAACAACAACAACAACAACAACAACAACAACAACAACAACAACAACAACAACAACAUAAUAAUACUCAAAAUAUUAAUAAUAUUAGUGGAUUAAAUGAAUCAUCAAUUGGAAACUAUUGUUUAAAAACAUUUGAAGAAAUUACAAAAGCCAUUCAAGACUCUCAUAAAAAUAAUAAUACUGAUAUUGAUUAUAAAAUAUGUGAAAAAGAAUUUUGGAAUUUAUUUUUUUUAAUAUUACCAUCAUUAACAGUUGAUCCAUAUCCACAAAUAAGAGCGAGUAUUUGUAAUAUAUUUUCAAAUAUUGGAUCAAAACAAUUUGAAUCAAUGACAAAGAAUUUACAAAUGCAUUUAGUUAGUGUAGUACUUGGAUUAAUAUUUGAUGAACAACAUAUUGUUAGAGCAUCAGCAUGUAGAUCGGUUGGUAUACUAAUUAAAAUUGAUUCGCUACAUGAUGAUGCAAACUUUUUAUCAAAUUCCGCAUCAUGUUUAACUAAAUCAAUGGGUGAUGUAAAUAUAAAUGUUAGAAUUAAAGCAUGUUGGUCAUUGGCGAAUCUAUGUGAUCAUUUAGUAUCUUUGAAAUCAAAACAAGAAUUAUUAUUCAAUGAUAUACCAAGACAAAUAUUAUCAAAAGUUUUAGAAUCAUUACUAAAUAGUAGUUUUGAUAAUCCUAAAAUUCGUUCAAACGUUGUUAGAGCAUUAGGUAAUUUUGCAAGAUUCGCUGAUAAAAAGGUUUUAUAUAAUCUUAAUGAAACUAGUACAUUUUGUAAAAUAAAUGAAAAUAAUAAUCAAAAUUAUAAUAAUCAAAAUAUUAGUGAUUAUUUUCAUAGUAUUGGAGGUUUUAAUAAUUUAAUGAAUGGUGUUGGUGGUGGUGGUGGUAGUAGUAGUAGUGGUGGUGGCAAUGGUAGUGGUACUAUUAUUCCAACAACAGAAGAAGAAGAAGAAAAAGAAGAAAUUAAUAUUGAAAAUAAACAAAAACAAUCAUUACCACCACAAUUUUCAAAUUCAAUAACAUUAAAAAAAGAUUCAAUCAUAUUGGAUAGAAUAGUUGAUUCACUUUUAAAGAAUGCUCAAGAACCAUCAUCUUCAUUUAAUUUUGUAAAGGUGAAAUGGAAUGCUUGUUAUGCAUUAGGUAAUAUUUUUUAUAAUCAAGAUAUUGAAUUUCCAAAUGAUGAUAAUAAUAACAAUAAUAAUAAUAAUAAUAAAUGGUUACCACAAGUUUAUUCAACAUUAAUAACAUUAAUGAAAAGUUGUAAAAAUUUUAAAACUAGAAUUAAUGCAACGUCAUCAUUAGCAACACCAACUCAUUCACGUAGGAAGUAUGGUCCAUUCUAUAAGGAUGUAUUUGAAGCAGUUUUAGAAUCACUUUCAAAUAUAAACACUGUAUCGGAUACUUCUGAAUUUCAAUAUCGUGAUAACUUGGAAAAACAAUUAGAAAUUGCAUUAAUCCAUUUAAUUAGUGAAAUGAAAUCAAAUGAAAUUAAAUCUUUUGAUAAUUGUUUCUUUCAAUAUACUGAUAUAAUUGUAAAUAGUUUUCAAAAACAUCAAAUCAUUUUACCAAUACCGCAACAACCACUACCAACUUCAAAAACAUCAUCAUCAUCAUCAUCCACAUCAUCAGAAGCAACCCCUUAUUUAUCAUCUAGUGUUCCACCUUCUAUAGUAACCUCAACACCAUCCACAACACCAAUGAUUUCAUCAUCUAACCCAAACACCUCAUCAUUGCCCACAUCAGAGAGACCAACAAUCAAAGAAUAUCAAAAAGCAUUAGAGAUUAUAAAGGAAUUUUGUCAAAAUCAUAAUAAUAUAGAUACUAUGGACGAUACUCAAAAAUUACAUCUAUCUCAAUUAUGUUUAUUAUUUGAUUUCUCAGAGAGCAAUUAUCAAGAUAUGUAUUCUAAACUCCAAGAAGUCCACAGUACUGGAAAAAGUAGUCAUUGA